AACAGGUAAGUAAAAUUUCUCGUCUCCAUCGGCCCCGCAUAAAAAAAAAAUCCAUCGAGGAAAAAGAAAAAACAUCAGCCGCUGGGAACCCUAAGGCGGCCGGCUGCCGGCAGUGUCCCGCCGCCCCCGCCCCGCGGCUGCGCCCCUGCCUGGGCCCGUCGCAGCACACGGUCGCCAGCUCCGCCUUCACGAGUCCGCCACUGGCCUCCGUCAUCCGUCUUCCUCUCCCCCACUCCCUCUCGCAUUCUCUGGUGAUGAUCUGAGUGUUUCUUGGUCCAGUAUCUUCGACGCGCCCGACACCUGCUCGACACAAUGCAUCCAGGGGAAAGUAGCAAGAGAUCUGUGCCUUCAGCGCUCGGCAGCGGAGGCUGCAUCGACGCCUUGCCUGACGGCGUACUUGGGCACAUCCUCGGCUUCCUCCCAGCGCCGGAGGCCGUGCAGACUUGUGUUCUCGCUCGGCGCUGGCGCCACCUCUGGAGGACCGCAACUGGCCUGCGCAUCGGUUGCUGCAGCAGUGAGGAUGAAGGGAGACGGGUGAAGGAGCAGCGGGAGUUUGUGGACCAUCUGCUCCUCCUCCGUGGAAGUUUGCCUCUGGACAUAUGUGAGUUUGGGUUCAGUGAAUUAGAGGACGACGAUGUGCCACGGGUGAAUCUCUGGUUCCGUCAUGUCGUGAUGUCAAGAGCUCGGGUGCUCAGCCUCAGGCUCCAUUUGUUUUUCAACAAGUUUCUUAAGCUAGACGACCUGCCUCUCGUUUCUCAACACCUGACGAAGCUAGACCUUUCCUCUGUAAAGCUCCAGAAUAGUUUUCUCAGCUUCGCCAGCUGUCCGGCCUUGGAACAUCUUGAGCUGGUUUACUGUAAUCUCGCUUCGGCUGACAAGAUCGCUUCCAAGUCCCUAAAGCAUCUGAGCUUGACUGAUUGUGUUUUACUAGAUGAACCCCGCAUUUACAUUUCUACCCCAAGCCUGGUCUCACUGCAUCUAGAUUCCUUUUUUGGGAGGACUCCCAUAUUUGACAGCAUGCCAUCAUUAGUGAAGGCAUUUGUCCGAAUAACCACGCAUUGCUGGGAUGGCUGUAGUAGACCAGACUAUUUGGAUUGUGCUUGCCUGUUGUGUGACGGUUCUGAUAGCAGCCAGGGUAGUUCUAUUAUGCUUUUAAAAGGUUUAUCUAAAGCUCAGAGUUUGGUGUUGAUUUCUGUACCCGAGAAGAUUAUUUUCGAAAGUGAUUUGAGAUGGUGCCCUAUGUUUAGCAAUUUAAAGACCUUGUUGCUCGAUGACUACUGGUGUACACCUGAUGAUUUCAGUGCAUUAGCUUGUAUUCUUGAACACUCACCAUUUCUUGCGAAGCUUACACUUGAACUCUUUUCUGAGGGGCCUAAGUAUGAAGUGGAAAUGAAAGGAAGGUGCAAUCUGAUGGAGAGAUCAGCUAAAAUUUCAGAAAACCUUAACAUCGUUGAAGUCAAGUGUCAAGUUGUUGAUCAGAGAGUUCUCAAAGUUCUGAAGUUCCUGUGCACCUUUAACAUAAGUUUCACUUUCUGAUAUGAGGCUCUAGGAAAUUCGGGCUGUCUAGGGAUCUACUAUCCUUCGUCGUUAGGAAAUUCAAGACUAAAGUUCACUGCAACAAGGUUGCCAUCUCUAGUGCACCUAACUGGGCAUGUUGUAUGCUGUCAGUUAGACCUAUAGUUAUAUGAACUAGGAGAAUAACCUGCGCGUUGCUGCGGGAAUUUCAGAUAAUUUAAAAUAAAUUAGACUAUUUAUAUUAUAGUUAUAUGAAUGAAACUAUCUUAAAUUAAUUUUGUUGAAUGGUUUGACACAUCAAUAUGAACAUAGCUAAAUACAUAUUAGUAGAUGAAGAGAUGACUAUCAUAAUUAUAUGUGCUAUUUGGCUAUAAUUGCAAGUCGAUAAGAUGUGUAAAAACUGGCAGCACAAGUUCAGAACUUUAAAUAUGUAGUUGGAUCUGGCACAUCAUUUCACUGUCAUUUCUUUCGCUAAGUGAUCAUGAGGGUUUAUUUAACAAUUUGCACCAAGUAAUUAAUGUGCCUUUAUUACGACAUAUAUUUUGGUUCAGCAUCGAACCUGGUAACAUGACCUGCUCUUAGUCCUAGCAUAAUCCGUUGGCAUCCCACUGUGUUAAUACGUUCAAAGAUUUAACAUGACAUCAGGUAGCAUUAUGAUUGGGAAAAGAAGGGUGACAUGUCUGAUUGGACUUGGCAAAUUAUAUCAAGAAAUGGCUGCAUUCUAUGUAGGGAGUAGAGCACUUCCAACAAAUUACUUGUCUUUUAUCCCUUAUAUAGGUGAUCUCCUCCUAUUAGUCAUUACAUGCAAUUUUUGUUUCUCUCUUCCUUGAAUAGACUACCAAAUCCCUCUCUUGUGGACCCCUCUAGUAAGUGUUUAAAUAUAUUUUAUCUAUCUAAAUAUAAUGCAUAUCUGGGUGUAUGUUAAAUUACUCUAUAUAUACCUAGAAAAGUCAAAAUGACUUGUAAUUUGGAUGGGGCGAGAAUUUUUGUUAUAUAUAAAUAGAGAACUACUCGUACAAAACACACCUUUUUUGUUGGAAAAAGAAGGUUGUUUCAGAAGGGUCGUUGGUGGUAAAGAUGACUAUUUUUUGGGUACUGUUCAUGGAAAAAAAGUUUUUAGGUAUUUUAUCACAUUGUAACCAUAUCAGCAGUCAAUACCCAAUCAUAGACUAAUUAAAUUUAAAAGAUCCGUCUCGUAAAAUACAUGCAAACUGUGCAAUUAGUUAUUUUUUAAUCUAUAUUUAAUGAUUUAUGCAUGUGUCUAAAUAUCUCAUGUGAUGGGAUAAAAUGUUUUUGAGUGAGAACUAAAUAGGGCGUAAGCAAAGAAAAAAAAAAAGUUACCAAACGGUGUUGAGAAAAGCCAAUCACGACUCACGAGACGGCAUGCAGUUAAGUUUCUUCUUAUCCUCAACCUCACCAUCUCCCAUUCUUGUCCACCCGUCCUUUGCAUCAGACCACAGGAGGCCGUUUUCCAACAAGAACCACCCAGAUCCCUCCAGCCACUGCCGAGGUCGCCCUCUCCUGCUCUCCAUUUCUUCCAGGCGCGAGCUCUAGCUGCAGGUGGUGUUUCUCUGCUCGCGGGCCCGCGAGCACAGGUCUGGGGCCUCCAUCUCGAUAGGAUUCCUCCUUGCUGAGGCCCUGUUCAUCUGUGGGUUUGUCAUGUCCUACCUAGGCGAGAUGCAUUGCUGCCUAAUCUGCCGUUGGUUCCUCAGAUGAACAGCUCACAGAACUCAACUGACAGGCAUGAUGGUUGGAGGAUAGAUUCCUUCAGCUGUACGUCAUGGUGUUUCUCGAGUUCAGGCAGGGUGUUCCAUUUGUAAAGAUUUGAUGUAUGGACAGUCUACCUCCUUGAUCAGUUCAGACAUUUUUCAGGUUUCACGUUCUUGUUAAUCGUGUUCUUCUAUUCUAGGAUUACUGUUAUUAUAUAUUUCUGUGAUAGUGAUACCUCUGAAUUAGCUAUAGUAUGUGUGUUAGAUACAUCUAUGUUCAUGGUGUUAGAAUGAAAUUAAGCCCAUUAGCUUAUACUACACGGAUGUACCUGAAUCUUCCAUGUACUUCAUUGUUAUAGUUUUUUUUGAGGGAACAGUGGGGAAAAAACCCCCCCACCUUUCUUUUUUCAUUUAUUCCUUGAAAGCAAAAAGAAGUACAAGAGCACGAGCUGUGCUUUCAUUGUUAUAGUUUUACCUCAUCAUAAGAUGAAGUUAAUCUUUAACAGUCGAAAACUCAUCCUCUGUUUUCGUUACUGAGCUAAAAGUUUUUUAUUGGGUGACUAGUGUCUGGUGUGUGUGGUUGCUGACCCGUUACUUGAGCUGAAAAUGAAAUAUUUGCUUAAUCUGUUGAUAUUUGUCGUGGACUAGCUGUUAAGUUAAUCAAAUUUGACUAUCUGACAGUGAUGGUUGUCACGAAUAGGGAAUAUUCAAGCUCAGCAAACAAAAUUACUUGUCUAUUUACAUUGACAUAUUGAUUUCUACAGACUAUCCCACUGGACCAAGCCACCUGAAUUCUCUUUUCGUGUGCUAGUUUAUUUGAUUCUCUAUAAAUGUCAUUGUUUUUCUGUAGCUUAUUUGAUUCUCUAUAAAUGUCAUUGUUUUUCUGCUUUUCUUUUUGUUUGAAUUUGUCUUUUUCAUUGCAAGGAAUAUUGUUGCGACCCGGGCAAUCUACUUUGAGCUCGCUAAAUGCAAGUCAAGUACUGUAUCCUUGGGCAAUCCUCUGGCUAAUAAGAAACCUGACCAUUUCACAGGCCUGAAAGACGUGAUGUUUAUCGAUCCUCUUCCUCCUUACGCUUGUUGUCAUGCUAUUUCUAAAAUUGCUGGCAACGAACAGCUAAGUUUAGUGUCUUCUUCUGAUACAGUUUAGAUUUCUCUUUGUUACAUUGUAGAUCUGUGAUAAUUACCUUAUUCCCACACCCUUUGCAUUU